CUUGCAGUAGCGGGUGCAGUAACCAGUAUGAUUAAUAUUUCACUCUGUUACAGAACUGUGCCCAACAGUGGGCUGGUGCAAACAUUAAUGGCAUAGGUGGUAGCAUAAGGUAAUAAAGGUAUCGCCGGUUUGUACCAGCAGGUCACACAGCGUCAACACAGAUAAGCAAGGGCACCUCUUCAGGCACAGUGGGACAUUGCUCCAAAUCAGGGACAGUCCCUCGAAAUCAGGGACGGUUGGGAGCUAUGUAUUGGUAAUGGUUCGAUAUCAAUACAAAGGACAACCAAUAGCGUUGUCUGUAAUUGCCAGACAUCAAAACUUUAUAAUGCAACCCUAGAGUAGUAAAGUGGCUUCUGAUUGGUCAGUUUUGAAAUGUCAGGUAACCUCAGCAGUACAGCCAACUGUCAGUUCAGUGGAGACAGAGACAUGUCACGGACGGGCACAGAGGGGGUCCCAGGGCUGCCCAUGGAUUGGGAUUCAGAGGCCCUAUCAGCCUGUUCCAAUACUGACACCCUGGAACAGACAAUUAGAACAAUGGCCUGGACCCAAUUCCAUGAUCUGCGGAUGGAGGACGAGUUUUGUGAUGUCACCAUAAAGGUUGAUGAUGUCAUGUUCAGAGCCCAUAAGAUCAUCCUCUCUGUAUGCAGCCUUUAUUUUAGGACUCUGUUUUCUGAAAGAUGGACAAAGACCGGAAAGAACGUGUACCACAUUCCUGGAAUUGCCGCGGACAUGAUGAGGUUGAUCCUUCUCUAUGCCUACACCAAUGCAAUAUCCAUCAGUUCUGAGAACGUAGAAGACCUGUUUAUGGCCGCAGACCAAUUUAACAUCCUGGGUCUACAAUGGCGCUGCUCGGAUUUCCUUGUUGGCCACCUUAGCCCCGAGAACUGCGUUGGCAUUGGCAGAUUCUCCAACCAUUUUCACUGCCCCAAGCUGCAUGAAAAAACCCAUGCGUACAUUCUCCACCACUUUCAUGAAAUAACAACGACCUCCGAGGAGCUUCUGGAACUCAGCCUAACGGAGUUUGAAGAUCUCAUCAAGAAAGACGAGCUUAAUGUUAAAAGGGAGGAGGCCAUCUUUGAAACUAUAAUCAAAUGGAUUGAGCACCACCCAACUCAACGCAGGCAACAUAUUACCACCCUACUGCCUAAGGUUCGAAUGGCCUUGAUACACCCCAUGUAUUUGAUAAACAACGUGAUGACCAACAUCCACAUACAGCACAACCAAGAAUGUAUGAGUAUUGUCACCAGUGUGCUGAGGACAAAGUACGACCUAAACGCAAACGGAUCCUCCGGGUCAGAUUUCAUGAACCCAUUGACAAGGCCACGCCUGCCAAGUGCAAUUCUACUCGCCGUUGGCGGCUAUAGCUCUAGUAACCCUACCAACGCCAUGGAGACCUACGACUGCAGAGUUGACCGCUGGGUGGACAUCACCUAUGAUAUGGAAAGCCCCAGGGCCUAUCAUGGAACGGCGUACCUAAAUGGUUAUGUUUACCUGGUUGGAGGGCUUGAUGGCAUAAACUACCUGAACAGCGUAACGCGGUUUGACCCAGUCAGGAAGAUCUGGCAGCAAGUGGCUCCGAUGAAUGAUAACCGCUGCUAUGUCAGCACGGUAGUCCUGGAAAACCGUCUCUACGCCAUGGGCGGGUUUGAUGGUCACAUUCGCCUGGAAUCUGCAGAAUGUUACGACCCAGAAACCAAUCAAUGGGAUCUUAUAGCUCCAAUGAAUGAAAUAAGAAGCGAUGCAAAAGCCACCAUCCUCAAUGGCAAGAUCUAUAUAUGUGGCGGAUUCAAUGGAGAAGAAUACCUCUUUACAGCAGAAGUCUACAACCCAACUACAGACCAAUGGAGCAUGAUCGCCCCGAUGUGGAACCAACGCGGUGGUGUCGGUGUCAUCGCCUAUGGAGAUCUGAUCUAUGCAGUCGGAGGAUCUAAUGAAGGUGGCAGACUAAGCAGUGCCGAGGUCUAUAACCCAGCGAACAACAGCUGGACCGAGAUCUCCUCCAUGUUCAGCCCACGCAGCAACUUCGGGAUUGAAGUACUGGAGGAUCUCCUUUAUGUGACUGGAGGUUUCGACGGUUCCAGAACGACCUCCGAAGCAGAGUACUAUGACAGGAAGACCGAAGAGUGGUACGGCAUCCACGACAUGAACAUCAAUCGCAGCGCCCUGGACUGCUGCAUUUUGCCCGGCCUCCCCAACGUCCGGGAAUAUGCCGCCAGUCGAGACACGUUCUACAGAGAGGAAGUGAGGCGGGCAUUAUCCGACAGCUCUUUAUAAGUGUAACCGAAUGAUGUGACUCUUUUAAAGCACAUUAAUAUAAACUGUAACUGGCAAUAAAUAAUAAGACUGAA